UUCCGGGGGCGACAGUCGUGGUGGAGUCCAUUGGAGCACGGAGGUUUGGGGAUGGAUAUUCUGAGGAGGAUUACACCAAGUCUGACCUCAUGGUCUACGCCAUCGACCCACAAACCAACAGAGCCAUCAUGAGGAACGAACUUUUUAAGUUCCUGGAUGGCAAACUGCUGGAUAUCAACAAGGAGUUCCAGCCCUACCUGGGCCAGGGUGGGCGAAUCCUGGAGAUCCGCACACCAGACGUGGUGGCCAACGUAAAGAAGCAGGCGCAGGCCGUGGGCUACACAGAGGGAGCACUGCUAGCCCUGGCUGUCAUCAUCAUCCUGUGCUGCAUGCCAGCCAUCCUCAUCGUCAUGGUCAGCUACCGGCAAUUCAAAGAGCGGCAGGCUGAGUGUGCCAAGACUGCGAGGAUCCAGAUGGCUCUUCCAGCAGGAAAACCAACGGGAGCCGUGGCAAACAACCUCUAUGAGGAGCUUGGAGACAGCACCAUGCGAGGAUAUGCACAGCAGGAGCAGCAGCAAUUGCUGAGACCUUCUCUUCUCAGACCAGAGGAGUUGAGUAUGGAGUCUGGAAUUGAUCCAGGGCAGGAAUACUAUGGCCAGGAUUACUACAGUUAUGAGCACGGGUACGAGCUGCCGCAGUACGGGAGCCGCCGGCGCCUGCUGUCCCCGUCGGGCAUGUACGACGAGUAUGGCGAGGUCGUGGUGGAGAGUGAUGGUGGCUACUACUACAGUCCCCACGGGCCAGCAGCAGAGGAGUGGGCCAAAAAGAAGAGGAUCAAGUUGGUAGUGGACCCGGAGUACGAGACCAGCUCCACGGGCGAGGAGAGCGCUCCUGACCCCAGCCAGAGGAACCGGCUGAGCAACCCUGGCUUCCAGGCCAACGGCAACAGCAACAUCUACGUCGCCCAGAACGGCUCCGUGGUCCGCACCCGCCGCGGCUGCCUCGGCAAUAACUUAAAAGUCACGUCCCCGGUGAGGCUGGGGAAGCAGUUCAAGAAACUGGACAAGCUGGCGGUGACACACGAGGAGAGCGUCCCACUGAACACGUUGUCCAAGGGACCAUCCCCGAGUGACAAAAUGAACUCCAGGCCGUGCAGUGUGUCCUUUUCCUCUACUAUAGGGGGCAAAAAUGCAGUGACAAAGGCCGGGGCGGCCAAACUGAAAAGCACAGAUGAGCAGGAAUCAGUUGUUGACCACGAGGAAGUCAAGGAGCCCUUGGAGUCGCACAGUGAACACACACAGUCCGAUGAGGAGGAGCUCUGGAUGGGCCCUUGGAACAACCUCCACAUACCAAUGACAAAACUGUGAUUUUAGUUGAUUUUUUUAUUUUCAUUUUUACUUCGGUUUAUAAUAAACUGCGCUUUUUAUUGUCACCCAGGGGCAGAUGUACGGAGUUUGUAUGGUGCACAUCCGUUGUCCACGACAAACGGCACGCUUUAAAAUUCCCAGACAAAAUUUGCACUCGCAUUUGGACCGACCCAUUCCCCAACCCAGUUCUGACAGGCUCCCAUUUCACUAAACACUACUUGGUUUCAAUUAAUGAGUUCUUUUUGGAUCUGGAGUUCUUGUUUAAUAAACAGUAAACUACUAAUAAAUGCACAGUUCCCUUUGGUUUAACCCUCCA